AUGAUAAGUGGAUCAAAUUUUAUCGUUGGAAUAGGAUUUAGAGAGAUUAUGUAGAAAAAUAAUUAUUAUGAUUGUUAUAAAACUGGGUAAUAUUUAAUUAGAAAUGAUGGUUAUAUUUAUUCCCAUCAUAACAAAGAUUUAUAAAGUAAAUAAUUAUCAUUCUAAUUUACAAAUAAUGAUAUAAUAAUAAUUGAAGUAUGUAUUGAACAUAAAUACAUUAAAUGGAGUAGAUAGAAUAAUCCAUAAGCAACAUUUGUUGUAAAUAUCAUUUCGAUUAUUAGUAGUUGGAUAUAGAUACAUCAUAAGAAUUAUAUCCAUGUGUGGGUGUCUAUCAUUACUCUAAAAUAAAAUUAUUAGAUAAUAUACCAAUUUGA